GAUUCUCAAUCAAAUCAUAACUGCUCAUUAUUUUGACAUUUAUGACCAGAGGAAAGUAAAUCACAAAGCUCAAUGAUCAUCAUUAACAAAUAGCAACAAUUAAGCAGUCUAUUGGCCUUAAUUUUACAGUAAUUAAUAGAAUCAAUCAACGAUUAACACAAUUAAGGGACAAAGUUGAACAAUUUCGAGGCUCGAUAAUAAUUCACUCCUAUUUAUUAUAAACAUUUUCUAUUAUGAAAUUAAUAACAAAUUCCCAAUAGAAAACACCCUUCGAGCUGAUUAUCUCGUGAAUUUUCAUUUAAAUCAAUUUAAAUUUGAAACAGAAUUAAGUUGCUAAUCAGUUCUAAACAAAGAAGACAUCGAGUUGAACUGAUCAUAAAAUCAUUAAAUUGUUACAAUUAAAUUAAACUUGAUGGCGAUGAAAGUUGCAAUUGUUUUAUUGUUUAUCGUGAGUUUUACUUAUGGAAAAAGUUUAUCCUCGGACAAUUUUGAUUAUACUUCAGAUGAUUUAAUUGACUAUGUUAACUCACUGAAUACAACAUGGAAAGCUGGUAAAAUCUUCAACGAUCAACUAAUGAACCAAGGUGGUAGUUUGAUGGCACCAGAAGACUUGAUUAAAUCAAAAUCCAAUCUGGUUAACAAUCAAGAUGUCGAAAUUGAUUUUCCUGAACAUUUCGAUGCUCGUGAAGUUUGGCCUAAUUGUGAUUCCAUUGCAACAAUUAGAGACCAAGGGGGCUGUGCAGCAUGUUGGGCAGUUAAUACAGUCUCGGUAAUGUCUGAUCGACUUUGUAUCAAAUCAAAUGGUACAAUUAACGUCCAAUUAUCAGCGGAAGAAGUGAUCAGUUGUUGUGAAGAUUGUAAUUUAGGUUGUGGUAAAGGUGGAUAUGUCACCAAAUCAUUUUCGUACUGGAUUAAACAUGGAAUCGUCACCGGUGGAUCAUAUCAUGGUGACGGUUGUUAUCCUUAUGAAAUUAAACCUUGUUAUAAAUCAAAAACUGGCAAAAUUGCUUGUGAAAAGACAACUCAGACUCCUGAAUGCAGAAAUGAAUGUGCCUCAGGGUAUAACAAGAAUUUCACUCAAGACAAAUACUUUGGUGAAAAGUUUGACAACUUAUGGGGAAUGAAAUCCAUCAUGUUGGACAUAAUGACCAAUGGUCCAGUUGUCGCUCAAAUCAAACAAUAUCGUGAUCUACGAAGUUAUCAAUCAGGUAUUUAUCAACAUGAAACUGGUGAAAUGCUUGGUUAUCAUUCUGUCAAAUUAAUCGGUUGGGGUAAUGAUCAAGGUGUCGAUUACUGGCUAGUUGCUAAUUCUUGGGGAACUUAUUGGGGUGAAAAAGGUUUUUUCAAAAUCAAACGUGGUCACAAUGAAGCUGAUGUUGAACACAAUGUAUUUACUGGUUUACCUAAAUUGUAAUCUAAUCAAUUAAAUUGUCAUAGUAAAAUUCAACAAUCAUAACAAUUUUGGGCACUUGAUUGUAUUGUGUUUAUAAUUAAACAAUAGUAAUUUUUUGAUUAUGUUAAA